AUGACUAAAACAAACGCUAUUAAUCGUUUACGUCGAUUUCUUUUUACCAAAAUUGGUGAUUCGGGAUCAAAAUAUCAACAAACAGCCGAUCGUGGUUCACAAAUUUUUAUGCAUAUUGGCGAAACAGUUACUAAUAAACCGGUUGAACCACCUGUUCUGGCUGCUUUUAAUACAGCUAGCAAAAUAAUUUCAAGUGCCGGUGAUGUUAUUACUGCUCCAGCAGCUUGGCUUAAGGAAAUGCAAAAAAACUGGGUUAUUUACUUGGUUGCUGCUGCAAUUAUUUUGUUAUGCCUGGUUUUUUUGUACUGCGUACUUCGUUAUUAUUUAUCACGAUCUAAUAACUUGGCAACAGCAAAUUUAAUUAAACUUGCUGCUGGAAUUGAUCGUAAAAAUGAUAUUUUACAAGGGCAAGCAGUCGUAUCACCAGGCAAAUUCUUAUCUGCUGUCCCGAUUCCAUCAAUAGACUUAAAAAUUUAA